CCCAGCAUGGUCCAGGCCCACGGAGGGCACUCCAGAGCACAGCCGCCGACUGCGUCUUUGGGGGCAGCCAUGACCCAGCCUCCGCCCGCCAAAGCACCAGCCAAGAAACAUGUGCGGCUGCAGGAGAGGCGGGGCUCCAACGUGGCUCUGAUACUGGAUGUGCAGUCCCUGGGGGCCGUGGAGCCUAUCUGCUCAGUGAACACACCCCGGGAGGUCACCCUACACUUUCUGCGCACUGCUGGACACCCCCUUACCCGCUGGGCCCUGCAGCACCAGCCCCCUAGCCCUAAGCAACUGGAGGAGGAAUUCCUGAAGAUCCCCUCGAACUUUGUCAACCCUGAGGACCUGGAUAUCCCCGGCCAUGCCUCCAAGGACCGGUAUAAGACCAUCUUACCAAAUCCCCAGAGCCGUGUCUGUCUCGGCCGGGCGCAGAGCCAAGAGGACGGGGACUACAUCAACGCCAAUUACAUCCGAGGCUACGACGGGCAGGAGAAGGUCUACAUUGCGACCCAGGGCCCCAUGCCCAACACCGUGUCAGACUUCUGGGAGAUGGUGUGGCAGGAAGAGGUGUCCGUCAUUGUUAUGCUCACUCAGCUCCAAGAGGGCAAAGAGAAAUGUGUCCACUACUGGCCCACAGAGGAGGAAAUCUAUGGACCCUUCCGGCUCUGCACCCAGGAAGUGAAAGAGUGCCCAGAAUACACUGUGCGGCAGCUCACCAUCCAGCACCAGGAGGAGUGCCGGUCAGUGAAGCACGUGCUCUUCUCGGCCUGGCCCGACCACCAGACCCCAGAGUCUGCUGGGCCCCUGCUGCGCCUGGUGGCUGAGGUUGAGGAGAGCCCAGAGACAGGGGCCAACAUGGGGCCCAUCGUGGUCCACUGCAGUGCAGGAAUUGGCCGGACUGGCUGCUUCAUCGCCACUCGAAUUGGCUGUCAACAGCUGAAGGCCCGAGGAGAAGUGGACAUUCUGGGUAUCGUGUGCCAACUGCGGCUGGACAGAGGGGGGAUGAUCCAGACCACGGAGCAAUACCAGUUCCUGCACCACACUCUGGCCCUUUACGCAGCCCAGCUGCCCGAGGAGCCCAGCCCCUGACCCUGCCGCCGCCUGCCAGCCCAGGUGCCAACCUCCCCUCCAGCCAGGGAAGUGCCCCCAAAGGGACAAUGGGGGGAACUCCUGCAUCCCUCUGAACUUAAAGAUAGGGGCUGGCACUUACGACAGACCAGCUGUCCUGGACUUCUCCAAAACGCUCUUUGGGCACUUCCGACUCCUC